AAUUACACCAUGAGUAAAAUGUUUUAUACUCAUUAGAAUGAAAAUGUUAAUAUUGUUCAAUAUUUUCGUUCUAUUUAUUCACAAUAUUAAUUCAGUGCCCCCAGAUUACUGUCUCCACUCUAUCAACGUCAGCGACUGCAGCAGCCCACCGAAACCUGUCUACUACUAUUACAAGCCGGGUUCCCGCUGCGAGAUCACCUUCUGGCGAGGAUGCUUCACAUACAACAAGUUCGACACCGAGUACGCCUGUUCACACACUUGUAUCGGCCGGUUUGGAUCGUACAAUGAUUCGGAUGAGAAUACUAUAGUUUCCGACUAUGUUUGGUACAGCGGAGUCUUUACCACUGAAAAAUCUGAAACGUUUGAGCAAUGGAUAAACGAAUUAAGUAAACUAUCAGAAGAUAACGUAACCAUUAUUAAUAAUAUUCUAGAUUCGCUAUCAGAAGAUGAUCAAGAACCAGCUAUAGUAAAACUAAAAUAUAUUAAAGCCAAUAUAGAAACUACAACAGAAACAACUAUUACAACUUCUGAAUUAAUUCCAACUGAAGUUACAAAUAACAUCGAAAUUACGACACCUAGUACCGAAUCACUGACUACAAAGAGUUCUACUAUUGAACCUACGACUACAGCAGAGUUAGUUGUAGAAACAACAACAGCAACACUAGCAACAACAACGGAAACUACCACUAGAACUCCUACCACAGAAACUACCACUAGAACUCCUAUCACAGAAACUACCACUAGAACUCCUACCACAGAAACUACCACUAGAACUCCUACCACAGAAACUACCACUAGAACUCCUAUCACAGAAACUACCACUAGAACUCCUACCACAGAAACUACCACUAGAACUCCUACCACAGAAAUUUAUAUAGGAGAUGCUCAAGAAGUUAUAACAACUUAAUUAAUGAAUCUAUUAUAAUAAUGCUACUCUAAUAAUGUUAUCAAGAGACUUGCUUCCAAAAAUUCUUUGUGCUGGUAUUUAAUUUUUAAAAUAAAUUAAUAAAAGAAAAUAUUUUA